CAGAUAUCUGAUCCUAGGUUGUCUUCAUUUUCCUUAGAUACUGCAGAAAAAAAAAAAGAAAAAAAAAAAAGAAAGAGAAAUCUUAAAUCUCAACAUUAUUUGGAAAAUUCUCUUUCUUGGUUCCUCCCAUUGAAAGCCAAGUUUAUCUGACAAACGCACACAACCAGUGUGAAUGUGAAGAAAUGUUCCACAUGGAAAAGAAAUAAGUGUUCCUUAGAGCCUCAGCAAAAUCUAUUAUCUUCUUCCACUUUCUUGAAUACAAAAGAUAAGGUCUUGUGUAAUGCACUGCAUAACUGUGUUUUAUGUGUAUGCUUUGUCCGGAUUUUAAGACCCGGGCUUUUGAGAUUAAAUGUGUUUGAGCUGAUUGGAUGCAUAGUGGGUGGUAUUUUUAGCAUUAUAAAGGGUUUCGCAUUGCUGAUUAUGUUUGGAUCUUGUUGAAAAAAUGGCCCUUUUUCGUAAAAUUUUCUACCGUAAGCCGCCUGAUGGGCUUUUGGAGAUCUCAGACAGAGUUUUUGUGUUUGAUUGCUGCUUUACCACUGAUAUUUUGGAGGAUGAUGACUAUAAAUUGUAUAUUGGAGGCAUAGUGGGUCAACUCCAUGAAUGCUUCCCUGAUGCUUCAUACAUGGUGUUUAACUUCGGAAAGGGGGGUGAACAACAAAGCCAGAUUUCCGAUAUACUAUCUCAGUUUGACAUGAUUGUGAUGGACUAUCCUCGUCAGUAUGAAAAUUGCCCAUUACUCCCCAUGGAAAUGAUCCACCACUUUUUGAGAUCGAGCGAAAAUUGGCUUUCACUUGGGAAAAUGAACGUCCUCUUGAUGCAUUGUGACAAUGGUGGGUUGCCAAUUCUGGUUUUCAUGCUGGCUGCCCUCUUGAUUUAUCGGAAGCAAUACACCGGGGAAAAGAGAACUUUAGACAUGAUAUACAAGCAAGCACCAUUUCAACUUUUGCAGAUGUUGUCACCUCUAAAUCCAUUGCCUUCACAACUGAGGUAUUUGCAAUAUGUCUCCAGAAGGAAUGUGGGCUCACAAUGGCCUCCGCUGGAUAGGGCGUUGACAUUGGAUUGCAUUAUCCUUAGACUCAUUCCUAAUAUGGAUGGAGAGGGGGGUUGCCGUCCGAUAUUUAGGAUAUACGGACAGGAUCCUUUUAUGGCUGCUGAUCGGACUACCAAGGUUCUUUUCUCUAUGCCUAAAAAGAGCAGAGUUGUGCGGCAUUUCAAGCAGGCAGACUGUGAACUUGUUAAAAUUGAUAUCAAUUGCCAUGUACAAGGUGAUGUUGUGCUUGAGUGUAUUACAUUGGAUGGUGAUCUAGAUCAUGAAGAAAUGAUGUUUCGGGUAAUGUUCAACACGGCAUUUAUCCGAUCAAAUAUAUUGAUGCUUAACCGUGAUGAAAUUGAUGUCCUAUGGGACAUCAAGGAUCAAUUUCCAAAGGACUUCACCGCAGAGGUUCUUUUCUCAGAUAUGGAUUCCUCUCCUUCAUUGGCCGGGCUUGAUUUAACCAGUGUUGAAGACAAGGAAGGUCUCCCUAUUGAAGCAUUUGCAAAAAUUCAAGAGAUUUUUAACAGUGUGGAUUGGCUGGAACCAAAAACAGAAGCUGCACUAAAUAUACUUGAAACCGAAAUUCUCCAAGAAAAACUGGAGAUUGUUCCUCUUCCCAUUGCUAGAAUGGAAACUUUGGAGAACGGAUUCACACAAAGUGAGAAAAAUGAAUUACUGGAGAGUGCACUUCUCCGGGCGGCCAUAGAAAAAAAGCUGAAGUGUGGUUUUCUUCAAAGAAUUAAUGAUGGGAAAUUGGAGAUUGCCUCUUUCCAGAGUGUGCAAAAGGAAAUUAUUAGUGUUUCUUCUAAUGGUGUUAAAUAUGUCGGGUUGCAGGAAAUGAGUCAUGCUAUAGAUGAAGAGACUAAAAAGUCGAAAGAAUUUGAGAAUGACAUUAAAAGUUCUGUGCAUGCAACGCCAAGUGAAACACCUUUGGCAUCUUCUAAAUCAUCUCUGGAUUUGAACUUGAUUACAAAGAAGGUUGAGUCCCAAGAAGUACAGGUUUCUGUUCAAAGACGCCGUGAGUCCAACAUCAUUUCUCCACGAAAUUCUCAAAAUUCACAAUCUAAUCCAGCUACAUAUUCUAGUUCCUUGCAAGGUUCACCUGUAGCACUUUCCAGAUUUCACAGUGCACCCUCAAUACUUGGGAUUACAGAACUACUGCACGAUCAGGUCACCCAGUCAGUUACUCCACAGGUUUCUAUUUCAGCAUCUAUUCCAAGUCUGUUGAAGCCAGCGCAACUCAAUAGUUCCUCGCUUCCUUCAGGGCAGCUUUCUUUUAAUUCUGAAAUGGUAACAAAAGCUUCCCCUCCUCUACCACCAACACUAACUCAACUGAUGCUGUCAACACAAUCAACACCAGGACUGCUGCAGCCACCAACACCAUCUCAACCAAAUCUAAAGUCACCAACACUACAGCUACAAUCUGCUUGUCACUUAUCUUCUUCACAACCGUUUCAAACUCUCUCUAGCCAAGUGCCUCCACCGUCAUCAUUGCAGCCAUCACCACCAGUGCCACCAGCACCAUGGUCAUUCCUGCAAUCAACACCGCCACCACCACUGCCACCACCACCAAAGUCUUCUUGUCACUUAUCUCCUUCAGAUCCAUCUACUACAUUUACUGGAGACACUAAAAUAUCAGGGCAGACUGAACAGAAGUUGCAUCUUGAUCUUCAUCUGCCACCUCUAUUUUGUGCCUCUAUCUCAUCUCCAUCUUCCAACUUAAAUCCUGUUUCUAUACCCCUUCCUCCUCCUAUGCCUCCUUUCUCGGCAACAGCUUUGCCUCCCUCUCUUAGGAACCUGCUUCCAGCUCCUUCCCUUCCCUCCCCUGCUCCACAUCCUGUCUCGGGAAAAGUUGGUUCUCCCUUUUGUAAAAACAAGCCAUCAUCUCCUUCCCCUCCUCUACCUCCCUCUCUUCAGAACACACCUCCUCCUCCACCCCCUUCCUUCCCAGCAGCAGCUACUCGCUCUCUUCAGAACACGUCAUCAGCUCCUUCCCUUCCUUCUCCGUUCUCAGUAACAGCUGCAUCUCCCUCUAUUCAGAAGCCAUCAUCACCUCCUCCUUCUCCUCCCUUCUUAGGAACAGCUGAAUGCCCCUUGCCUAGGAAAAAGUCAACAGCUCCUUUGCCUCCUCCCCCUCCUCCACUUCGUUUCUUAGGGACAGAUGGAUCUCUCUUUCAAAGGAAACCAUCAUCAGGUCCUAUUCCUCCCCUCUCUUUUCUCUCCCAAACAAAUAUACCUUCCACUCUUAGGAACACGUCAUUAGCUCCCCCCCAUCCACCACCACCAUCUCCACCUUCGUCUUCAUCAAGUGGAUCGACUGUACAGAACUCAUCCGCUUGUUUCCUUCCUGCACCACAUCCAUUAUCUAGGACGACUUCUUCAACCACCUCUCAAGAUUCGUUCCUGCUCCGAGCAGAAGAUUCUGCAUUACCUGCCACUCCACCUCCACUUUCUCCACCUCCAUGUUCAAGACCAACCAUAGAUUCCACCAUUAGAUUGUCAGCAGCAUCACCAGCACUUCCUCAACAUCCAUGUUCAGGAUCAACCACAGUUUCCACCAUUAGAUCUUCUGCAGCACCACCAGCACCUCCUCCACCUCCAUGUUCAAGACCAACCACAGUUUCCACCAUUAGAUCUUCAGCAGCACCACCAGCACUUUCUCCUCCUAGUUCCAUUCAGGAGGAAGCCAUCGUGGGGAAUUCUCAAAAUGUUCCGCCUGUUCCACCUCCACCAGCUCCACUUUCCAAUGGCUUAUCAAUUGCUGGCAGUGCUUCUUCACAGUCUAAUUCUGCUGCCAAUAACAAAAGCAUACCUGCACCUCCAUUUUGUACAAAGGGAAGGUUACCAAUGCGCGCGAGUACAAAAAUUCAAGGUCAAGGAAGAAAGACAUCCCUCAAACCAUAUCACUGGUUGAAGUUAACGAGGGCUAUCCAGGGGAGCCUAUGGGCUGAUGCACAAAAACCAGAGGAGGCUUCAAAAGCUCCUGAGUUGGAUAUGUCUGAGCUUGAGAGUCUUUUCUCAGCCAGUGCUCCAAAUUCAAAUCAUGGAGGUGCCAGCGGAAAAACAAAUCGGCUUACUUCCGGACUCAAAUCUGAUAAAGUGCAUCUGAUUGAACUAAGAAGGGCAUACAAUUGUGAAAUCAUGCUGACAAAAGUUAAGGUUCCUAUGUCAGAUUUGACGAAUUCGAUCCUUAUUAUGGAUGACUCAGCACUGGACAUCGAUCAGGUUGAUAAUCUUAUAAAAUUUAGUCCAACCAAAGAAGAAAUGGAACUUCUCAAGAACUACAAUGGGGACAAGGAGAACCUUGGAAAAUGUGAACAGUUUUUCUUGGAGUUAAUGAAAGUUCCAAGGGUAGAGUCCAAGCUAAGAGUUUUCUCAUUUAAAAUUCAAUUUUGUUCCCAGGUUUCUGAAUUGAGAAAUAGUUUAAAUAUCGUGAAUUCUGCAUCUGAAGAGGUCAGGAAUUCGAUCAAGCUGAAAAGAAUCAUGCAAACGAUUCUUUCACUGGGUAAUGCUUUGAAUCAUGGAACGGCAAGGGGUUCUGCUGUUGGAUUUCGCCUGGAUAGUCUUCUAAAACUUACUGAAACACGAGCACGUAACAAGAAGCUGACGCUUAUGCACUAUCUGUGCAAGGUGCUUGCUGAAAAACUGCCUGAAGUCUUGGAUUUUCAGAGAGACCUUGUAAAUUUGGAGGCUGCAACAAAGAUUCAGUUGAAGUAUUUGGCGGAGGAAAUGCAAGCCUUUAGCAAAGGACUGGAAAAAGUUAUGCAGGAACUGGCUGCCUCUCAAAAUGAUGGUCCUAUCUCAGAAAACUUCUGCAAGAUGCUAAAAGACUUUCUUGGUUAUGCUGAAAGCGAAGUGAGAUCUCUGGCUUCACUAUAUUCUGGAGUGGGGAGGAAUGCAGAUGCACUGGCUCUUUAUUUUGGGGAAGAUCCAGCUCGUUGUCCAUUUGAGCAAGUUGUAUCAACUUUGCUGAAUUUCGUGAGGAUGUUUCUACGGGCUCACGAGGAAAACUGCAAGCAAGUCGAACUUGAAAAGAAAAAAGCCCUCAAAGAAUCAGAGUAUGAGAAGGCUAAAUUGAGUUCUUCGUCCACAAAAGAGAUUCAGAACAAGAAUACUGAGACAAGCGCGAUUCAAACAAAGUAGUGAAAUGAAAAGUUCUUUAUCCAAACUUGAUUCAAUCAGACCGAUAGCCAUUACCUUAUGUCCAAUCCUUCCCGAGAUGUCAUUCAGAACACGUUAGCAGGAUUUGUUCACCAGAAUGAUUAACGUUGUUUUAUUUGGCUUCACGAAAACAUUGACUUUCAAGAAAUGUCAACGUGAUAGGAUUUAAAUGUUCUACUCAAAAUUACAGAAACGGGGCAACAAUUUCCCAAAUAGUAUGCUGUCAUAACCUUCUGAUUCUUAUGUUGUACAGAACUGCGAUUAUAAAUUAAUAAAUGACAAAAUGUACUAUGAUUUACCUGUU